AUGAUGCUUACGACGAAACCAAAAAACCUUUUUUUCUUUGUUGUCUCUCAUCCCCUCAACAAAUUUAAAGAAUAUUUACCCCCGAAAACGAUUUCAGCUCGGUUUCUUUCAACAUCUUCUCCCAAUCGUCAAACACCGGUUAAUCAUCCUCGGUCUCUCAGUGAGAAGAUUACUAACCUUGAUGAUGCCCUCCAACUGUUUGAUGAAAUGAUACAGAGGGAGCCUGUGCCCCCAGUUGUCAAAUUUACACAGUUGUUGGAAGCAGUUACCACAAUGAAACAGUAUUCUUGUUCCAUUGAGCUUUUUCAACGAAUGAAUGCCCUUCGUGUUCCUAUGGAUGCGUACACUAUUAGCAUUGUGAGCAAGUGCUGUUGCCAAAUGCACCGCACAAAUGAAGGAUUUGCAGUAUUAGGCUAUGGCUUCAAACACAAUAUAUUACCAAAUGUCUGCACUUUUAGCACCCUCUUAAAUGGACUUGUCCUAGAAGAUAGAGUUUUCAAAGCCGAAAGGUUAUUCAAGAAGCUGAUCAAAGAAGCACUUUGUGAACCUAAUGCAAUUAUGUACAACAUUAUGAUUAAAGGACUUUGCAAAUCUGGUAAUAAUGAUACAGCCAUUGCUUUGCUUAAACUAAUGGAUGAAAAGGGUUGUAAACCUGAUGUGGUCACAAAUAACACCAUCAUUGACAACCUUUGCAAGGAUAAAAUGGUAGAUGAUGCUUUAAACCUCUUCAGAGAAAUGGUCUUCCACAAAGGCAUCCUACCUAAUGUUGUCACUUACACCUCUUUAAUUCACGGCCUUUGUAACUUGUGUCGUUGGGACGAAGUCGAUAAAAUACUCAAAGAAAUGGAAGAGCAAAGGAUCUCCCCAAAUGUUCAUACGUUUAGUAUAUUAGUGGAUUCCCUUGGCAAAGAAGGUAAGGUUAAAGAUGCAAAAGGUGUCUUCAACUUAAUGAUCCAAAAAGGCAACGUUCCCAAUGUAGUGAUAUACAAUUCACUUAUUGAUGGGUAUUGUUUGCGAGGUGAAAUGAGCAAAGCAAGGGAAGUUUUAAAUUUGAUGGGGUCUCGAGGCCUGAUGCCUAAUGUUGCUACUUAUAGUAGUUUAAUGAAUAGGUAUUGCAAGAAACUGAAGAUAGAAGAAGCCAUGGAUUUGUUUCAUGAAAUAACUAAAAAAGGUGGUAUGCAACCGAAUGUGAUCACUUACGGUAUAAUGAUACAAGGAUUGUUUCAAGCUGGAUGUUGUGAAGCUGCUUGCGAAUUCUUUAACGAGAUACGAGCACACAAACUGAUUCCAGAUGAAAGCACUUACAGAAUAGUCUUGAAGGGUCUUUGCAACAACAAACAAGUGGAUCAAGCACAAACUUUAUUUCAUCUGAAUGGGGCGAAUAAGAUAAAAUUGGAUAUUGCUAUGUAUAAUAUACUUAUUGAUGGUGCAAGUAAAAGUGGGAAGUUUGAUAUUGCAAGGAACCUUUUCAAUGAUCUAACUGUUAAAGGUUUGCAACCGAAUGUUUGGACAUAUAAUACAAUGAUCAGUGGUUUUUGUCGGGAAGGAUUAGUGAGUGAAGCAAAAGAGUUUUUUCUUAAGAUGGAUGAUGUGCACAAAAGUACCCACUAA